AUGGCCUCCUCCGCCGUCAAACGCUUCAGCCUCGUUUUCUACGCACCGCCGUCAGCAAUCCAAGCCUGCAAAGCUGCCAUUUUCAAAGCCGGAGCAGGACGAUAUCCCGGCGCCGGAAACUACACCGAGUGCUGCUGGUCCACCACCGGCACUGGCCAGUUUCGGCCUGGAGACUCUGCCAACCCACGCAUCGGAAAGGUCGGCGAGUUGGAGGACUUCUGA